GAUGACUCUGAACUCUGAAGUAACUUCCAUUCAAAGUGAAGCACACGAGAGACGGAAGUGAAAGCAACCCUGCGCACCCAUCCAAUUCUGACCCGACCUUCCUGCUGAAGAAUGGCCAGAACUAUCUAACUGUCAGUCAGCUCUUCAGUGAAUUCGGUAUGGGACCUAAUUUCACCCAACAGCCGAGAGUGACAGUCUCACUCCCUCCACUCUGCCCUUCUUCCUCUCACUAUUUUCCUGCCAGCUCUGCCCGACCCCGUCGCUGUCUGCAGGCGUAUAGCCUCUCUUCUCUACAUUCUUUAUACAGACAUAUAUGCAAGUAUGUAUGUAUAUAUAUGAUCUGCCUUUGAGUGGGAUAUGAUCCAAGCAACACCUUCGUCGCCGCACCAGCAGCCUCUAGCCGACGACACCUACAAUGCUUGCAACGUCUCAUCGUCGUCUCUUCUGGCCUGCUGCCCUGCUCCUACACCCAUAAAAUACUGUUUGGUGCUAGUCUAGUAGAUGUUACCAAGACGAGAUGAGAUGAAUUUCAGGCAGAAUUUUUCUAUUCAUUUCUGCUCCAUCCAAUCGCUUGCUUCGUCUCCAGUUCUCCUCCUGCUACCUGCCGUGCCACGCCACCUCGGACCUCACUCCUCUGCUCUGCUCUGCUCUGCUCCUCCUCCAUAUUAAGAGGCCCUCGCCCUCCAGCCCGGCCGCCUCUCGCCGUUCGUUACCGGGUCAGUGCCGCCGUCAGUAGCAGAGCAGUAGGUGGUCCGUCAGUCAAUCGUCCGCUCGUCCAUUCGAUCCAGCUUUCUUGCUCUUGACCGGCCAACCAUCCAUCCAUCCACCGGCGAGCUCACAGCCAGGCGAUCCCGCCGUGAACAUAAAGGCGAGCGCGAGCGCGAGAGCACACUGUUGCAUUGCUGAUUGCUCUGUCUCCUCCGACCUCCGCCUCGUCUCGCUCAACAUGAGGAGAGCAGGCGGGCUAGCGCGCGCCGGCCAUGGCGCGGCGACGGCGGCGGGGCGUGCGACGAAGGUGAUGCGGGCGGCGGUGUCCGCGUUCUUCGCCGGGUACCACUGCUUCACCUCCGUCGCGGCGCUCCUGGCGCUGCCGUUCUCGGCGGCGGUGCUGGCGUCGGAGGCCAUGGCGCCGUCGUCGGGGAUCCUGCGCGGCGUGGCGGCGCGGCUCCGCGCCGUGUUCGCCGCGGCCGGGUUCCCACCUUCCCCGUUCUUCGCGCUGCUCGAGGCCAAGCUGUCCCAGACCGUCUUCACGUUCGCCGCCACGCUGCCGUUCGCGCUCACCUUCUUGCUCCUCGCCAAGGCCUGCGUCGCCGCCAUGCUCCGGGACGACGUCGACGACGGGCACCGGCGGCGGCGGCGGCUCGCCGUCGCCGUCGCCAAGCUCCCGCCGUGCGGGGCCGUGGCGCGCGCGUACCCGGCGGUGGUGGCGACGCACCUGCUCAACGCGUUCCUCAUGCUGUCCGCCAACGCGGCCGUGUUCUCGCUGCUGCUGCUGGCGUUCGGCGCCGCCGACCUGCUGGGCCUCACCUCCCACUUCUGGACGCUGGCGCUGUCGGCCGCCGGCGCCAUCGUCUACUCGCUGGCGGUCGGCGUGGCCACCGUGGUGUGCAACCUCGCCGUGGUCGUGGCCGCCACGGAGCCCGGGUGCGCGGGCCACGCCGCGGUGCUCAGGGCCUGCGUGGCCAUCCGGGGGCGGGUGUCCACGGCGCUGGCGCUCGCGCUGCCCACCAACCUCGGCAUGGCGGCGGCCGAGGCGCUGUUCGGACUCCGCGUCGUCGCGCAGCGGCGGAAGGACGGCGGCAGGCUCGCGCCGGGCGUCGCUGGCGAGGCCUUCUCGAUCGCUUACAUCCAUGCGAUCUGCGUCGUGCUGGAGAUCAUCGUCAGCUGCAUGUUUUACAGGAGCUGCAAGAGGAGUGAAGCCGACGAGCUCAGAGAGCUCGAGCCAGAGGAGAAGGGAGAUCUCCAGGCUUGAUCAGUGAUCACCUCUCAACUUCAGCUUCAGUCUGGUGCAUGAACAAGGAAAAAAACAUACAAAUAGUAGAAUCAUAGUUUGUUUGUCUUUCUGAUGAGAAGCAAGAGGAUCAGAUCAUAGGGUACAGAGCUGAUCCAGAGAAAUAUAGUGGUAAGCCAAGAUAGAUUUUCUGCAAAAAUGUUUCUUUUUUAUGAAAAGAAAAUGGUAAAAAAUUGAGUUCAAAUAAAUGGUUAUCUUGUACAUAAGGAGAUACUCUCUUCAACUGAAAUAAGAAAGCAGGGAAUUGGAGAUU